CGCGGCGCUUGACCCGCGCCAGUUCGCCACUCUCGGGAGCGAGACUGAGCUCCGCGACGCGGUCUCCGGCUGGCUGUGCAAACUGCGUGAGUUUUUCGGGCCGAAGCAGGGCGAUGGCCGCUUGCUGCUCACGGUCUUCUUUGCCUCGUGCUGCCACUCGGAGGUCGACCUCCACAACGCCGUCAUGGCGAUGGGGCCUGGCUUAGACAUCGCGUAUUGCAGUUCCCCCGAGCAAGUUCUGUCCAUGCAAGUGCAGAACGGGGGCGCGGGCAAGGUCGUCAUGCAUGCCCAGCGCCCUCUUUUCGAGGCGCAUCUUGAGGAGCUGCUGCUCUUCUUCGGCCCGGUCACGGAGAUCAGGGGCCCCGAGCCGAAGGCCACGGUGCCGGGGCUGCUCUCGGCCCCAGUGCAGCGCCUCAGUGCACGCGAGCUGCUGCGCCAGCCCCGGUCGGCGUCUGGUGAUGGCAGCUAA